GCGGCGGGCCGGGCGGACGCGAAGGGGGACUGAGAGGAGGCAGGAAGCAGGACGAGGCGCUCCCGGACCGCCCUCCCCUUUGGCCCUUGGGGGGGAACCGUGGGUGGAGGGGUGGCCGUUUGGGGCGGAGGAGAGCUGGCCGAGCCCUUUCCACGCCUUAGUUUCGAGGUUGCCCCAGCCCUCACUCCCUUAGCCGGGGCCUUUAAGCCCCCCUGAAACGGGGGAGGGGCGCUACCCCUUUCCCCUCACCAAAGUCCGUUUCUCGGCUUUCUAAGAGGAGAGAGAGGUAGGGCCGCUCCUUCUUUAAGGCCUUCCUCCACACAGCCCUGGCUAGGCAAUUAGGUUUAACCCCCACCUCGACCUCACCCACUGGGGCCUUUGGAGGUAGGCGUUUUUGUGCUUCAGAUCUUCGGCGAAGCGUCUUUGCUCUCCUCAAAUUGGGCCUUCCUGAAGUCGGCUUUUUCAAACGCCCUCCGGUGUCUUUGGAAAAGCUUCUGCUCCUUCCCCCACCCUGCAACCCGCACCUGCCUGCCCUUCCAUACCUCUGUGGCUCAACCUUUAGUCUCUCCCUCCCGCACCUAAAACUUUUUCCAAUAGGCAAUUUGUCUUUCUUCCUCUUUCUUACUCUGCUCCGGUACUCCUGACAAAGCCUGUCUCUCCUUUUCUGUCCUAGAUUUAUCUCCCCUCACAUCUUUGACAUUGAACCCCCCUCCAACCUUUUAAGGUGCCCACUCCACAGAGCAGGCCCUUCCAAAAAUUGUUUAAUUUCUCUCUACGUCCAGCACAAAAUAACAUUCUGGUCCCUUGGAGAUUGUCUCCCAUUCCUGCUAAAGCUAUUCAAAUUACCCUCCAAGGCAUCUACUGACCACCACCCAUUUUGUUCUUUUUGGGGUAGCCCCUCUCCCAGAACUUGCCCUGCUUUGUCUUGAAUAAGCCCUUUGAUAGUAGCUCCCCAUGAAAGAAGGUUUGAUUUCUCUUCAUCCCCUUUCCAAGUAGAGUAGCCCCUCUCAGGCUGAUUACUCUUUUACUUUGCAACAAGCCCCCCUUUUAUCCCCCCCUCAUAAACCCUUGUGUCCACUUCUUCCCCUCUAGUUCUGCCCAAGCAAACUGUCCAAGCUUUAGUUAGACUAGGAAGUUUAGUAUCUGUCUAUUUCUCUAUCUUACCCUAUGGUACCUGGUUUUGGGGUCCUGCCCCUCCCCCAGCUGCUUCCAUAGUUAGUGAAACAUUCAGAGCAAAACUAUUUUUGUGAAUGUAGAAUACUCUGUUGUAGAGUUAGUUUAUUUUCCCCACUGGAGUAGAAGUGGUCCUCUGUGGGAUUUUUUUUAAACCUACCUCCCAUCUUGAGUGCCUUCUGCUUCUAGAGUCCCUGCCCCCAUCACCCUCUCUACACGCAUGCGAAACUGAGAACUUUGUUCCAGAAGAGUUUGCAGUGAAUAUCGCCAGGAGUUUCAACAUGUCGGAGAAUCAACCCAAUAACCAUCAUCACCCAAUGAAUAACAAUGGGGGGGCUGGAGCCCCUGCAGGGAAUAACCGGGGGGUCCGCAACCUCAACCAGAACCCCCUGAUCAACGUCCGUGAUCGCCUCUUCCACGCUUUGUUCUUCAAAAUGGCUGUGACCUAUGCCCGUCUCUUCCCACCCUCCUUCCGUCGCAUCUUUGAAUUCUUUGUACUCCUCAAGGCCCUGUUUGUUCUCUUCAUCCUGGCUUACAUCCACAUCGCCUUCUCUCGCUCGCCCAUCAACUGCUUGGAGCAUGUGCGGGACAAGUGGCCACGGGACGGCAUCCUGAGAGUGGAGAUCCAGCGCAACUCGACCCGUGCCCCCAUCUUCCUCCAGUUCUGCGACAGCGAGAAGUUCCCAGGCAUGGUGAUGGAGGAAGAGGAAGAGGAGGAGGAGGAGGAGAUGACGGUGGAGAUGUUUGAGAACAGCUCUGUCAGGUUUCAGUUAGAUAUCGAGCCAAAGAUGUUCUUCGAGCCGUCCCGGGCCAGUGGCGCCAAGGUGCUGGCCCAGAACGAAAGCCAGGAGUUCUCAUUCAGCAGCGAGACUGCCCCUAAAGGUAUGCAGCCUCUCAGCGAGACUGUGUCCGAGUUUGAGAUGCUGGCCAAAGCAGUGUGGCCCCAGGAGGAAUAUAUUGUGGAAUAUUCCUUGGAAUACGGCUUUCUGCGCCUCUCUCAGAGCACCCGCCAGCGCCUCAGCAUUCCUGUCAUGGUGGUGACCUUGGAUCCCACCCGUGACCAGUGCUUUGGGGACAGGUUCAGCCGCCUCCUCCUGGAUGAGUUCCUUGGUUACGACGACAUCCUCAUGUCCAGCGUGAAGGCGUUAGCUGAAAAUGAAGAGAAUAAAGGCUUCCUCCGCAACGUGGUCUCCGGGGAACACUACCGCUUCAUCAGUAUGUGGAUGGCUCGGACCUCCUACCUGGCAGCCUUUGUCAUCAUGGUGAUCUUUACCCUGUCCGUCUCCAUGCUGUUGCGAUACUCACAUCACCAGAUCUUCGUCUUUAUCGUGGACCUGCUGCAGAUGCUGGAAAUGAACAUGACUAUUGCCUUCCCCGCAGCCCCUUUGCUCACUGUCAUCCUGGCACUUGUAGGCAUGGAAGCGAUCAUGUCAGAGUUCUUCAAUGACACUACCACAGCCUUCUACAUAAUCCUCAUUGUGUGGCUGGCCGACCAGUACGACGCCAUCUGCUGCCACACCAACACCAGCAAGAGGCACUGGCUGAGGUUUUUCUAUCUGUAUCAUUUUGCUUUCUACGCCUAUCAUUACCGAUUCAAUGGACAGUACAGCAGCUUGGCACUGGUGACCUCGUGGCUUUUCAUCCAGCAUUCUAUGAUCUACUUUUUCCAUCACUACGAAUUGCCAGCCAUCCUGCAGCAGAUCCGGAUCCAAGAGAUGCUGCUCCAGAACCAGCAAGUGGGCACCCAGACCACUCUCCAGGACAAUCUCAACAACAACACGACGGUCGCCCCCACCGAACCAGGGAGCAGGCCUCCCCCACUCCCAGCAGGCCCUGCUGAGGAAGGAGGCGGCUCCCUGGCUUCCAGGGAGGGCCAUACCGCAGCUGUCGUGGCCUCUGCCGCUUCCCUAGGGAGUGACAUGAACUGGGUGGCAGAGACGGCUGCCGUCAUCACUGAAGCAGCCUUCCUGUCCAACUUGAGCACCUCCCUCUUGGAUGCAAGCGCCAUGCAGAGUGCCGGUGCUGCUGGGAGUUUGCAGGACACUGUAGCAGCUCCUUCAACUGUCGCGGGGCCCCGGAUUCUGGUUAGUGACGGAGAGGAGGCAGAGGCUGCUGCAGAAUCUGUUCCCGUGGAGGCUACUUUGCCAGCUGCGGUGGCCCUGUCCGUCGAGACUUCUGCAGCAGAGAAAGUGCCUGCUGCUGCUCCUCUCCCUUUGGUGCACGAGGGUGUUCCUGGCACCCUGACCGAAGGCUUGGCUGGCCAGGCCGAACCUCAAGUUACAGACUGCGUGGCAGGCCAUGGUUUGGUUGGUUCUACUUUCUGGAGGCCUAAGGAGGCCCCAGGGGAGGCGGACUCGUGCCCUGUGCUAUUGGACAGUACGUCCUCUUCAGAACUGGAAUCCAGCCACUGCUCUUGAGCCUCCGGUGACCGGGUGUUUCUUCUGUUCUCAUUGCUCGCCCUACACCCGUGUACGCUUGCACCCAUAAUCCCUCUGGAUGGAGAGGCUGGAGUGCAAGAGACCCCAGGGAAUAAUCUGCCCCUGGAAGAUGGGGGGGGGCAGCUAGGUAGGGGUGAGUCCCCCACAUCCAAACAGAAUCCUCUGAUUUUUGCUCUGGGAGCCCCCUAGAUUUCUGCCCCCUAUUCCCUCUCCUCUCCCUACCUUUCCAACUUCGGUACCCCCCCCCCCCCCAACCCUGCAAAUGUCCACUGGAAAUCUUGAUCCACGUUCUUUCCUGGUUGAGCACUUAGAUUUGUACUGUGACAGUUUUGCUUCUAGGGGAGACAGAACAGGUAUUGUGGCAAGUCACAUUGGAUGGGGUUUAUUUUAAGGAUGGAAAGAGUGUGGGGGAAAGCGCAGAGGAGAGUGAAAGACUGGGAGAGAGCUAGCCUGCAAAUGGAACGAGGAGGGGAUUGGUUCCACACAACCCCCCCCCCCCCCCGCCACACACACACACUUUCCUACCCUUCUGGGGUGGCUGCAGCAACUUCAGCACGGGAAAUUCUGAUUUGGAAGCACGUGGCCUUGGCGUGGCUUGUCUCCUUCUUUGGUCAGGGAUGUGAAUGAAAUCUCAGACAGAUUGCACAAGCAGUCUGUUUGGAGAAAACUGGAUGUUUUAGCGGGGAGGGGGUUGUCCGUCAACAUGAUGCUUACUUGGAAAGAAGCAACAUUUGUUUUAUUGGAAGGGUCAGACUUUUGAUAUGGUCUCGUUCCCGUUUAUGGACGGCUUUGUCGGUUUGGGUUCCCCGGUGGGCGGCCGGUUCUUGGACUGGUCUUGUGUUUCGCCUCCCUUUCCGUGGGAUGCACAGGGAAGUCUGAUGGACAGUGUUUUGGAAGUCCAGCAAGCCAGUGCUAAUAGUGGAGCUUUCAGAGGGGGGGCGGGAAACCUGAGGACCGUUUCCUGGAGAUGAGUCCCAAAUCUAAUCCACGGAGACCAAAAGAGAAGGGGAGCGGGGAGGAGAAUAGUUCCUUCCAGCACUUUCAGAGAGUGGAAAUAUCCAGUGACUCGGUUUGGUUCUUGAGUCUGCCUUGCCGUUUGUGUUCCAGCACCCGAUCCCUACUCACGCGCACUCACCGCCUCUCCCAGCUCUUGCCGAUGCUGCAUGGUUACUGGAGAGGUGGUCUUCGUCCCCCGGUGCCUUCUCUCGUGAAAUGCCUUUUCUGCAUUUCCGAGGCUGCUCUCCCACGCGGUCCAAAGUUACCCUUUCUUGGAAGCCAGGUGGGUAGAUUUGCCCAAGGGGAGGACUGAGCAGCUGCCCCUUGCUGAAGUGGCACCCCCCCUCUGCCCAUUGAGAAUGGGCAUGUGUGGGAAUGCAGUGGCCGUGUUUCCACAACUGACAUUGAGUGCCUUUUGUAGACUCACCGAUUUCUAGCAAUAGCUAGAGGGAAAUAGGGUAGAUUUGGGGUGGGGGGUGGGGGCGUUUCCUGAUUUCAAAUGUUCAGUAAGGGAGCCAGUUCCUGAAGGAACUCUGUUCUGUCUCUCUCCCCUUCCCCCAACUGCAGAGAAUCUGAAUUGGGUGUCUGGGUAAUUUUCGAGGCACUGUUGUGCACAGGAGCUUCCCUGGAGGUUCAUACCGAGAGGGAUUCACUCAGGACUCUGUAAAUGCCUCAAGAUCACAGCCUUGCUGUAUGGUAGGCUUGGAUUAGACUCAGACAGGGGUGCAACGUCCACAUCCUUCAUUUUAGAUGCAGAAGUUGGAGGCGGCCUUAGGUUAUAGAACUUGAAACAAAGCUUAAAUAAAUGUAUCUUAGAUGGUCUGCGGUUGGUCGAGCCCCUCGGCUUCAUCCAACUGGGGGGAGCCUUGCCCACCAGAAAUGAUGGCCACACCUUAGCAUGGGUUCCUUGGCCUCGUACCACACCUCAGGCUAAGGUUGCUUGUACAGAGCCAGCCCCCCUUGUCCGCCUGUCUCCAGGUUUAGGAUUUUAUUUGGAGUGGGGACUGAGAGGAGAGAAUCAAACCAAACCAUACAAAGAAUGAAGAGUAGUGUUCAUUCUAUUUAAUUGUACAAAAUAUGUAUUAUAUAUAUAUAUAUAUAUAUAAUAAUAAAUACUA